AUGGGAGAUUCUCGCGACAAGUUGAAGCACUUGGUUCCAGGUAAGUUGGUCACUGAACACACUCAGACUUGCAAGCGAGGAGUGCACAAGUGCAGCUUGUGCGCCGUGCAGCAGUCAUGGUCACUUUACAAAAAACCAUGGCUGAGAGUGCUUCUGGUCGAUGGAGAAUCCAAGCUCGGCUGCAGCUUAUGCGCGAAAGCCGGUCUGGAGGGCCCAUGGGCCAACUUUGAACAACCUCCGACUUCCGUGUUGAAGAAACACAACUUGGAGAGGCAUGAGAAGUCCAAGGGACACAUGACAGCAAGCCAAGAUGAUCUUUGCGGAGCCCCUAGCGACGAGGCUUUUAAGUCAAGUUUGCAGGGUAUGACGCAAGGACAAUCUGCGAGACAAGGUGGCGGAUCGUCCGAUAAAAAAACUCAAGUGCGGUAUGCCCUCUCGGAAGCAGUUUGUGCUCGCAACAGGACUUUGCUGGCAGAGUCUCGCUGCAUCUCAUUGAUGAGAGACGAACGCAAAGGAAAUCUUCUUGUGCGCUUCCGCGCUGUUCUACCGGACCUAACCACCAUCAGUGGCGCGCUUGGCUUGCAGCCUGUGACAGGUUCUGCUGAGUCCAUAGCUGAAGCAACUGCUGAAAUCAUGCAGAACUUCUGCCAACCGAUGCGGCAGCCUCCCAGACAAGCCAAGGAAAGCGAGCAGCCGGUCGACUCUGAACUUCUACGGAAGAUUCAGGACAGGGUCACCAUGGUGGCCAGUGACGCUGCUGCAUCCGAACUUUUAGCAGGUGACUUAGAGAGAGGGCGCCGUAGGGCCGCGACCGACUUUCAAUCCAAAUUUACAAAUUGCAAGAUCGUCGGCAGAGAUGCGGCGCAUGCAUCGACCCGUCUCUUGAAGAGACCAUUCCUUGCAUUGGAACCUGUCAAAAGUUUGACAAACGAAUGGAUCCAUGGGUCCGAAAGCUUCGCUCAGAAGGUGCACCACAGCCACAUCCUCAGCCAAUGGUGGGCCAAGGCCGUCCAAUGCAAAGAGGACUCCGACUUGACUGGAAACCUUUGCACCUCCAUGUCUGCGGCGAAGCACAGGUUCUCGUCAUACUUGAAUCCUCUCAGCCGGAUAAUUCGGAAUUUGCAAGCAGCUUUCAAUGUGUGCGGCAGGGUCCAAGCCAUGCGAGGUGCUGAGGCAACUUGGGCAACCAAGCUUUGCCAAAAUUUCAGUUCGUUCAAAGCAGCUUUGCUUGCAAUGAUUACCGACGCUGCAGCUAUCAGCAACGACUACACAAGGGAAUGCGACCGUGAAGACAUUGAUGUUGCUGAUUUGAAUUUACGAGCCAGCCAUUUUGUCCUCUCGGCAAGGUCUCUCUUCGUUGACCGGAAGGUGUUGACACUACCCACUUUCACGAAAGAAUUCUUAGAUAGAAGAAUUCCCGUGACCAUUCUUCAGGAUGGGUUUGCGUUGGACAUCCAAGAAUGGGUGUCUCUCGUGGAGGAAGUCGUCGCGCAUGAGUUUCCGAGUUGGCACUUGGCGGCGGCAUUUCAAGUUUUUCAUUUGUCUGACUGCGUAAGAGGCCGUGACUGCAGUGCGGAUGUUUUACGGAACUUGGAGAGGCUGGCUCAAGUGUAUUCGGUACCUUUUGAGGCACUGAAGCAAGAGUAUGCCCGCUUGCUGCCCAUUGCUGCAGCUUUGAAGAAGCAAGCAGGUUUGAGUAACAGAGAAGCAUGGAGGGAAGCCCUUCAACGCACAAGCAGUCGGAAAGGUGCCCAGGGAAGGAAGUAUGAGGCCACGGCCCUGAUACAAGUCAUGGCAGCUUGUCAAUGUUGGACCGCAGCCACAAGUGGAGUGGAGCAACAAUUCUCGAAGCUCAAGAGAAGUCCUGUGGAACUUUCCAACGCUUCUGUGGACACAGACCGUCGCCUUGCAAUUGUCAUGGGCGAUGGGCAGGCCAGGAGCCCAGCAGUGCAACCUGAAGUGAUUCAAGCCGCUCGACGAAUCUACGCUUCCCUACUGUCCAGUGGAAGGUCCCGGCCGCGGACAAAACCAAGGUUCGAUUGUGGUGUCACAGGCAAAGUGAAGACCGGAUCUUUUGCCGACUGGAACCGCACAAGAAAGAAAGCAUUGCUGGAAGCAGUGCAAAAAUGCGAAACACCUCCUCGGAAACCUUCCGAGCUGUUGACAGAAUCUUCCCAGAAGGAAAGAAAUUUCCAGAGAAAACAGGGUUUGAAACGAAAGGCUGAGGCUCUGGCAGAUGGCUGUUUGUUGCCGGAUGAGGUCACCCAAGAGGUUCAGGAAGAGGCCUUGCGACUGACCAAAGCAAACCGACAAGGUCUCAGUGGCCCAGCGUGGUGUUGCUCCAAGAUGGAAGGCGGCAAGGCGCAAGCAGACCUGCGGCAAGCCAAGCUCUUCGUGGUCUCAAACUUCGUUAGGGUGCAAAGAAAAGUGCGUUUCAUGGCUGCUCUGAGUGGAUCCGUCUUGAUGUCAGCUUCUGCUUUGCUUGGAGCAGGAGGUGUGAAGUUGACGUUUCACCCGGGUCAGGAGAUACAAGUUGCAAUCUUCGUGACUGACACUUUCAAGGCCGAAGAGCCAGGAAUGACUCUACUGCUACGUGAGGCAUGUGCCCGUGGGUGGCAGGCAGUGAGGGCGGAAGAUUUGAAAGGCCGCGGGCGAAAGCCCAGUCUCCAUCUCAGGGGUGCGGGGGAGGCCAUCCCAGCUGGUUUCAACAAAACCAGGGUGAAGUGUUUUACUGUCACCGAAUUUUUGCGUUGGCUCACGGCAACUUGUCUCAACAAGACGGCAAGCUCCCGUGUGAAGAUAGCAGCGGUCGUGUUGUUCGACGACCUCACUGACCGACUACAAGACAACCCUACAUUUAUCCAGGAACUUGGCCUGGAGCAGCAGGAGGUCGAUCGAAUUCAAAAUGGGCUCAGGAGAAUCACGGAUCGCUCCUUCGACUUCAUGAACAGAUUGGCCCGUGGCCUCGCGCAAGACAUACCCCAGCCGGUGCUUCAGCCUGACAUCACUGAGGGGUCACAAGGAAAGAAGCCUGCGGGCGAUUCAGGAACCGAGGGGGCUAACACAAGUCCGGCCUCUGCAGCUAAGGCUGCGGUGGAGGAACCUUUUACUCUUGAUGAAUCCUGGCGAGUGGCAGAGGCAUCCCACGCGCAUGCACCUGCGGUGUUUGAAAGCGUUUUGCUGCCCAAGCCAGAAACGGAUUCGCAGGAAGUUUCGGUUGAGGUGCUACGCUCGCAACUGGAGCGGGUUAACGCCUUGGCGUCCAACUGGCUCACUCGAUUGGGCAGGCACAAGGCUUCAAAGAAACAGAGAGUGAUUCACACUGCAUCAGACUGUUCGGGCCACGGCUCGGACCUGAUAGCAUACAGGCUUCUGGGGCUGCAAAGCCAAGUGCAGCCCGUCAUGAUGUCAGAGGUCAGCCGACAGAAGGUGUUGUUGCACCAAGCUGUCGCCCAAGAAUGUGGCUGGAACUACGACGACCACCAGGUCAUUGACAUGUUUCUACGGAAAGAAGAAAGCAUGAAAACAGCCGACGUUUACGUGGUCGUGUUGGAACAAGUCAAAGCCAUACUCGAGAAGAAGCAUUCGCAAAUUUGGAAUUACAUUCUCAAAAUUUUGAACAAGCUCGACUAUGUGUUCGACCACCAAGUCUUGAGUACCCAGGACUUCGCCAUACCGCAAUCGCGCCCCCGAGUCUACAUCCUCGCGGUGGCCAAGGAGAUUUGCGCUGGAACAGUGAAGUUACCGGAGAAGCGGUCAGAGAAGGUUGACUUACACCAUUUCAUCCAAAAGGACAAGACCGGCUCCGAGGUGUUGCAGCUACCGAGGUACGAAGAACUUUUAGGUAGCAAGAUGUGGCGUAAGGGAUAUGUUCUCGACGUAGGAUCUUCGGAAAAAUUUCAAGCAGCGAUGACAAACUGCGCACCGUGCUUGACGCACACGCGCUUGGGACAAGGAGGAUAUUAUAUCCCAAAACUGAGGCGGCGCUUGCUGCUUGAGGAAGCUGGUGCAUUACAAGGAGUUCCAAAGAAGGUUGUCAGAGCCAUGCAAAGGGCAGCUGAGGAACACAAGCUUCCUGCGCGCACAGUGGAUGCAAGCCUUGGCGAUGCAAUGAGCAUCAAUGUCCUGGCAAGUGUGUUGAUGAAAGGCUUGACACACUCUCGCUUAGUUCAAUUCAGUGCACAGGAAGAUCAUUGGAGAUUAGUUGCCAAUGGUCCGGACGCUGCAACGCUGAGUGACCGUUUGUUCGACGGAACAGCCUGGGCGGGAGACUGGGAUUUCCCCAGUUCCUCUACUCAUGCCCGUUGGAGCGUAACAGAGCGUUGCCCACUUGUCUUACCCAAGAUCCCAGCCCAGAUUCGGAACAUUUCCGCAUGGCGCUUGAAUAAGGCUGAAAUGAACGAGCUCGCUGAAAGGGUUAAGAAAGGAGAGGAAGAAGCGGUGGUGAAGAAGGAGCUUCAGACCAAGAAGGCUGUGGCCUGCGAAGAGCGUAAGAAGUCUGCUGCGGCGAUUUCUGCCAAGCCUGGAUCCACGGGUCCCAAGGCAAGCAAAAAGACUUCGUCGUCGGCUGCAACUCAGUCAGCCACGGCUGCAGCUGAGUCAGCCACGGCUGCAGCUGCGACUCCAGACCCAACGAAUGCUGGCUACUAUGCUCUGGUAGAGGCGGACCUCCAGACAAUUUUGCAGGAGUUCCCAGGCAUUGACCAGGAAAUGCCUUUGCCGCUCUCCAAGUCUGAGUUGGACGGAUCCAAGACUGGGGUUCAAGAGCCAUUUGACUUGGAGUCGGCUCGGCAUGCACUUGGGAUUCAUAGAGUUUUUCGUUGCAGCAUUUCCUUGUUCUGGGUUCAGAUCCUGGCGUCGCCCACGCCGGGAAUUCCGAUGAGCCGGAGCAGAGUUCUCGACAUGGGAGAGUUUUACUUCCCGAACGGAAAACCAGCUUUCAUGACAGGCCGUAUGGUGGAGCUUCUGGCCGACAAGUCGGCUCUGAGCGCCAAACCCCAGAACCUUCAGAUGCUGUCGCCAGAAGAGAUUGUGCAUUCGCUGGUGGCUUCCUGCGCUCACGCUGUUCGGCGCAAGGAUGAGCUCUCCGAGGAUCAAUGGAAGGAAUGGAAAGCACAGUGGCGUGCUGUGUUGCUGAGCGUGCCGGCUUCUUUUGUGGAGACACAGGACCCUUUGCAAGGCCACAAUGUGUGGGUCGAGGCAUUCAAUCGGAGACAAGCGGUGAAGCAAGAGCAUGAGUCCAUGAGCAGGACAGCAAUGCAGAUUGCUGUGGAAAUUGACCAGUUCAAGACUAUGUGCGAAAGUUUGCCCAGCUGUAAAUCAAAAUUGCAGCCGGCGCAGCUGGUACAGGAGCUUCACACACUUGGCCUGCUGUCCGUGCAGGGCGGCCGCAAGGAGGAUGACAGCGAUGGCAAAAUCACCGUCAACUUGGUGACGCAAGCUCUGGCCGUCAAAAAGGGCAUUCUCAGCUCAGCGCGGGCAGUUGAACUUUUGCUGGAGCUGGAACAGUUAUACGGGACGCGUUCUCCCUUCCACCAGAUGAGUCGGCUUCACGUUCUUUCGACCAAGCCAAGCACAAAUCAGAUGCGAGACUGGGUGCUGGAGAGCUUGCAUGAUGGCCUGGCCUACGACGUCUUGCAAAUCGGAGAAAUUUCCAAGGGCAGUCUUUCCGGAGACAAGCACCAUACUGGUCUCGUCUUGGACCACUUCUUCGAAGUGCUGCUUCCGAAGAGCGGUAUGGCAGAGGGUGACAGGGCUUUGCUGAAGGAGAAGCUGUCUGCCCAUGAGGUGUACCGGCAACAUUCAGGCGACGGAGAUUGUACCUGGAUGGCGCGGCUUAAGAAGUCCGGCAUUGACUGCUUUCACUUGCUGGAGGACCUGACUUACACCAAGAAGUAUGACAACGGCCUGCGACAAGCCACGAGGUCCGGGGGAGCUCCAGAGGCAGUUCUGGAGCACGAACAGGUGAAAGAACAGGUGAACCAGUUCCUCGCCACCUUGAAGGACGAAGAAGUUGAAGUAAAAGCUUUGGCUGCAGGGGCAGCCGCAAACGCUGCAGGCCCGGACCAUGCAGAGGACGAGCUUCAAGAGGUGCGAAAGCCGCCCAGCCAACACUCUGAAGGGUCUGAGAAAUAUUGGAAGGCGGUUGGCAACCAAACUGUUCGCACUUAUUGCUCUCUCCAUGUGCAGCCUAAGACCUUGGACGGCAUCAUCAGUUUGGUGAGCCAAAGUGGUUUGAAAGACUUCCAAGGAGAGGGAGGUGUCAGCUGCGUUCUGACUCAUCUUGACUUAGACGCGCUGGGAGAAUCCAUGGGCCCAGGUCAGAGACCACUUCUCCGAAAGCGCUUUGUUCCCGACCAGUCCGCCCUCAGAAUCUUGUUGCAUGGUUCGAUGAUUGCAAGAAACGGCCAGCGCAAAGGGGACGAGUGCAUGGUUCCGUCAGAGGGUGAACUGGUUUUCGUGCACUGUGGCAUGGAACGUUCCAGCAAAGAAGCAGAAGCCUUGUUCCGACCGGCUGCAGCCAGAAAGGAUCAAGCCAUCGAAGCGGAAAUGAAAGACGUUCUCCUGAUCUUUUCUGACACCUCCAUUCGGGACCGCAAGCAAAGGGUUCGAGGAGCUUACACCUCCAGGUCCACCGCUUGUCUCUUCUCCGGAGCUCCAGUGUCAACCAUGGUCCCGGAGAAGCCAUACACUGACUUCUCAGGGCACAACUUUGGAGAUGUCUUUGGCACCAUUUCCGCCAUGCAGGCAGCGGACCUUUGGAAAGAAAAGGAGGAGGUGCUCACCACAGGCAGGUGCGUGUCGCCGACUGACGCCGCUAUGAACAAAGCCAAGGAGGCCUCCAGCGAAAGCGUCUUCAGUGCAGCUUUGUUGCCCUGCUCUUUCUACAGAAGUUUUCUCAAAGCCCACUCUGUGAAAGCUGUGUUGGACCUCAGCACUUCUCAGGGAGAGUUGGCAAAGGCCUGUGUGGCCGAGCGUGUCAGCUACCUCGGGCUGACGCUGUCUGACUCACAUUCCACUCAGGUGGAAAUGAUUCUGACCAACUUUGUCGUCACUCUGAUGCAGACAGAGGGCUCCACUUUCUACCGCUCAGAUACCGUGGCCCAAGGAAAGCAGCAAGAGCAGGUCACCAAGGGGAGCAAGCGCAAAAACGAAAAUUCCAAAGAAGAACGCCCCAAGGCCAAGGCCAAGGGGAAGAAAGAGCAGACCAAAGACGACGACAAAGCUACGGCGCCUGACGCAGACUGUGGCUGCGACCCCGCUGCUCGGAGGAGCCCGCUGAGACCAAGUAGGCUGAUGACCACUGAACGUUCUCGUCGUCGUGGCGACCGCCGUGACCGUGGUGAUCGCCAAAAAGACGAGGAGAAACGGGGUCGAAGCCGUGACAGACGGGAAAAAAAGAAACGGGAAAAAAAGAAAGGCCGUAGCCGAGACAGAGGGCGGCGUAGGGAGACUGACAAGUCUCACGGCAGCAAGCCUCUCCUAGUCCCAGCUGAAACUGCUCCGCCUCCUGCUCCGUCUGCGGACGCUGCAGCUCCUAAGGCGUCGCACGACGACGAAGAAGGUGAGGAGGAGUCGGUUCUUGCUGAGGACCCACCCGUACAGCCACCUGCAAAGCGCGCCGCGCCAGAGUCCCCGACCAGGGAGGCUGCCAAGGCAGCCCGUCCAGGUCCAGCCAAGGCUGAGGCGGUGGCGCGUCGCGAAGGUGACCAGCCGCCUCACCAAGGUGAGACGUCUGAGCGUGACCAAGGUCACAAACCUGAUGAGGAACACAAAUCUCACCAAGCUUGGUGUGAUGACAAGCGUCACCAAGGUGGGAACGACGACAAGACUCGUCGGUAUGACUGCAGCAUCUGCGGCCGCAAAGUCGGAGGUGGAGUUGCCGGCUCGUGGCAACAUCGCCGGUCAGCUCACCAUUUGGCUUCUUAUGUCUACUGGAACAACAAAGAGACCCUUCCCUGGAAGAAUUGUCUCCAGGAAGGGCAACGCUGGAGCAUGCACCUCUGGGCGACGAACCAAACAGGUCCGGAGGAUGACGCAUUGCCCAACAAGCCUAAGAAAAAGCAAAGGUCUCCAGUUCCAGUGAGAUGCGACCCGGAACGUUCCCGCCGUGACAAAGACCACCAAGACCCUGACCCGGACACAGGAUCAGGGUCCUCCGGUAGCAACUUGCUGCUGCAAAUGUGGCAAACCACACUGAAAGAGCUGCGGUAG